GUAAAACAAAAUAUUCUAUUGGACGAUAAUCUUAGGUCAUCGGUCUUGAAGCCAUUCACCUAACCGGUCAUUAAACAAUAGGGUAGGAUACCUUUUCAAGGGGGACUCUUAUUACUGUUUACACCAGCUGCCGUCGAUAUGGUUUCCAUCGAUUCUAACGCUCCCCUCCUAAAAGGGGUGUCGCGUCAUCCGUCGCGGACCUCAAGGUCGGCAUCCAGUGACCUUGAACCCGAGGAUGUCAAGGUCGUGCUUAUAUUUGUCGAUGAGGAAGCGUAUUCCGAGUAUGCUACAAGGUUUUACCUUGAGAAUCUAUACCAGCCGUCCCAUGAGGUCGUCUUCCUUCAAAUUGUGGAGUCCAUCUCGCAGCCGACGACCGUAGGCCAGAGACCAGGGAGUGUCCGUGGACAUGGUGGGCGAAGACAGUCAGUUGACGCCCGUGCCCCACCGGCAAGCCAGUUUGCAACAAUCGCUAAGAAGCAAAGGGGCAGCGUUUCAAAGCUGAAGGAGAAGUUCCAGUGCAUCAUGGCCACUUCUGGCGGAAAGGUUUUCCGAUGGCGCGUCUGCGACUCCUCGGCGGGGACAGGCGCAUCAAUACUGAAUAUAGCUGAACAGGAAGCAGCCUCCAUGAUCGUCAUGGGAACCAAGACGCUUGGGGCACUGAAGAGGGCGCUCUUUGGUAGCCUCAGUGAUUACGUCAUGCACAAUGCGAAGAUACCUGUCCUUAUUUACACGUCUAGCGAAUAA